AUGAGUUGCCAACCUUUUACUUCGGCUGAUACUUUUAUACCUCUGAAUUCUGAGGCUUCUGCAACUCUGCCUUUGAUCAUGCACCACAGCGCUGCUGAGUGCCUCCCAGUCUCUAACCAUCCCACCAACGUGAUGUCCACAGUCCCGUCUAUUUUGUCUUUGAUCCAAACUCCUAAAUGUUUGCGUGCAUAUUUCUUGGUGACAACAUUGGGAAACACAGCAACAGGACUUCAUUAUUCUGUUCCUUCCUGUCAUUAUGGAAACCAGCCAUCGACCUAUGGAGUGAUGGCAGGUAGCUUAACCCCUUGUCUUUAUAAGUUUCCUGACCAUACCUUGAGUCAUGGCUUCCCUCCCCUGCCCCAGCCUCUUCUGGCAGAGGACCCCGCUGUCACUGAUUUCAAGCAGGAACUCAGGCGGAAAAGUAAAUUGGUUGAAGAGCCAAUAGACAUGGAUUCUCCGGAAAUCCGAGAACUUGAGAAGUUUGCCAACGAAUUUAAAGUGAGAAGAAUUAAGUUAGGAUACACCCAAACCAACGUCGGGGAAGCCCUUGCAGCUGUGCAUGGCUCUGAAUUCAGUCAAACAACUAUCUGCCGAUUCGAAAACCUGCAGCUCAGCUUUAAAAAUGCAUGCAAGCUAAAAGCAAUAUUAUCGAAAUGGCUGGAGGAAGCUGAGCAAGUAGGAGCUUUAUACAAUGAAAAAGUGGGAGCAAAUGAAAGAAAAAGAAAGCGAAGAACAACUAUAAGUAUUGCUGCUAAAGAUGCUCUGGAGAGACAUUUUGGAGAACAGAAUAAACCUUCCUCUCAAGAGAUCAUGCGAAUGGCUGAAGAACUAAAUCUUGAGAAAGAAGUAGUAAGAGUUUGGUUUUGCAAUCGAAGGCAGAGAGAAAAACGGGUGAAAACAAGUCUGAAUCAGAGUUUAUUUACUAUUUCUAAGGAGCAUCUUGAAUGCAGAUAA